CUUAGAUGAUGGUGAGCUGGAAGAAGAAGAAGAAGAAUUAGAAUUUGUAAGGUUUCCAGUCCUUCUAUUCAAGAGCCCACCUCAACGGCUUCAUGAUGUCUCCACCUCUCUGCCUCCCACCCAUGAAGACAAAGAAGAUGAGGAGGGUGAGGAAACAUGUAUUUGAGGAGAACUGACUGCUUUGAGCAAAACUGGGCUUCAAAUACCCGUGUGUAUUUGCAGUUAAACUGGUUUUAAACUAGUUUCUAUUUGGAAUUCAGAAAAGCAAGGAAGAAAACACGAUAUUUUUCUCAUCCAUUCAGAAAUAUUAUUGGGAAUUUUGCAUUGGAAUCACAGAGAGCCGGACAGUUUGUCCACCAGGCACAUAUGGGAAGGACUGUAAACAGGUAUGUCAGUGUUCAGCUGAGAAUGAAGAGUGUCACCUAGUCACAGGGAGAUGUACCUGUCUGCCCGGCUACCAUGGAAACCGCUGUCAUCUCCGUAUGCUCUAUUGAAUUUUUGUGAAAGAAAAAAGAAGUUCUUAGGAGGACCAAUGAAUGUUAUAUACCAAAGAAGGGACAAUGAGCUAUGGGAACUGACAUUCCUUGGGAAGAGAGAAUGACAGAAGAGACUGUAAAGUGAAGCCAUCAUUUUUAAUAGAGAGGAAUAAAGAAAUACAACAACUACAGCACAGAAAUAACAUUUGGAUGCCCAAAAGGCACUUAAGGUUUUAAUUGCCAAAGGAUGUGCAAGUGCCUUAAUGGCAGCAGCUGUGACACUGUGAUUGGCACCUGUUACUACCCUCCUGGCUUCACUGGGGCUGACUGCAGUCAAAUUUGUCCUGUGAAUCACUAUGGGCAGGACCGUGUCCAGCAGUGUUCCUGUGUCUCAGGACAGUGUGACCCAGUGACUGGAGGGUGCCAAUGUCCACCUGGACAAAUGGGAGCCAGAUAUCAGCAAGAUUUCAGCACAAAGUCAUCAAGGAGCCAUCUCCAGUUCCCAAAGUAUACCAAGCACAUAGUUAUACGCACAAUAAAAGAUGUCCCCCAAACGAUGUAUGGCCCAAACUGUGAACUAAAUGUACCUGAAAAAUGGUGGCCUUUGCAGUUCUGUGGACAGAAGUUUUACCUGUGGUCUUGAAUGGACAGGAAAUUAUUAUGAAAAAGGUAAGUUGAUUAUCAAAUUUUUUUAUUCAAUAAAAUUCUAGGACAUACUGCCAUUGAUAAAAUAUAAUAAAUACUUGUGAAAAGGUUAUUUUCCAAUAAACUCAUGAAAACUGUUUAUAAUUAUGACUCCAUUUCCAAUACAAGUAAUGUUAUGUUAAUAUUGAUUAAUUUUUGUUACCUUAUCAAAAUAACACAUGAAAAUCCUUAAAACCCCACGUAAUUGAAAUAAUAUUAAUUAAUGUGAAAGAGCCUUUAUGAGACAUAAACCCCAUUCCCCCUCCAGCUCUGUUUAAGCCUGAAGUCUUUGUGGAUGGCAGGUUUGCUGGACCUUGAAGUUUUGGGCAUGAUACAGAAGGCCCUCAACCACAACAGAGACAUUGAGGCUGGCAGGAUGGAAGAUGCAGGGCCCCAGCUAGAGUCAGUUCAUGUUAUGAGUGGGCCCAGCUAGAUGUGCCUGGGUGGCUCAGUUGGUUAAGCAUCUACCCUUGGCUCCAGUCAUAAUACCAGCGUCCUGGGACUGAGCC